AUGGUUCAGCUCACUCAAGGUUUUCUCUUUGGCCUAGCUGGUCUGGCUAGUAUUGCGUCUGCUCAUCCCGGUCACGACAUUAAAGCCGAAGCCGCUGAGCGCGCCUCUUUCUUGAAGAGCGUGCCCGUCCAGGGCCGUAGUCUGAGCCACUGCGCUAAUAAGCUGAAGGCACGAGGGGUUGCUGAGUCCAAUGUUGUUCGUCGCGAGAGUGCCGUGCAGCAGCUGCGCCGCGAGAGGAAUGGAAACGCUGACGCCCGCUACCUCAAAGUCCGCGAUCUUGAGACCGCGCUGGACACGGACCACGAGUCGACCAAGAAAAUCACUCUUUCAACCGACCCAAGUGUGCUGUUUGCCGACGGCGGGGCUUGCAUUGUGCAGCCUGAAGUCACCCAGGGCCCGUACUAUGUCGCCGGUGAGCUUGUUAGGCGCAACGUCGCGGAGGACCAGGCGGGAGUGCCGUUGUUCUUGGAUAUCCAGCUGAUUGAUGUCAACACCUGCGAGCCGCUGCAGAACGUGUACACCGACAUCUGGCACUGCAAUGCCACCGGUGUCUACUCCGGCGUCGUCGCUAACGGAAACGGAAACGCCAACGAUGAGUCCAACUACGACACCACAUUCCUUCGCGGCAUCCAGUCCAGCGGAUCGGAUGGUAUUGUGCAGUUCCAGUCCAUCUUCCCUGGACACUACACCGGUCGCGCGACUCACAUUCACGUGGUCACUCACCCCGGCGACCAAAUUGAGGUCCUCCCUAACAAUACUCUCGCUGGUCUCUACGACACCCGCGCCUCCCACGUGGGCCAGAUCUUCUUCGACCAAGAUCUCAUCACCGAGGUUGAAAAGACCAGCCCCUACAACACCAACAACCAGGAGCUCACCGAGAACAGAGGUGACAUGAUCCUUGAGACCGAGGCUGAGACGACUGACCCGUUCCUUGAAUAUGUUCUGCUCGGUAAUAGUGUGUCGGAUGGUAUCUUUGCCUGGAUUUCUCUCGGUAUUAAUAGCACCCGCAACGAGUAUAACUCGCCCGAGGGUUACUGGACUGAGGAUGGCGCCGCUGUGAACGAGAACUUCAGCAUGAACAUGGCUGGCAUGGGCGACCUUCAGAUUCCUACCGGCAGCUCUGCCGCGGUUCCUGCCGCCACUUCUGCUGUUUGA